AUGAAGGCACAGUUAACAACAACCUCUCCUCAACAUCUAUCUAUCUAUCUAUCUAUCUAUCUAUCUAUCUAUCUAUCUAUCCCAGUGUGCUCGCAUCUAUCUAUCUAUCUAUCUAUCUAUCUAUCUAUCUAUCUAUCUAUCUAUCUAUCUCAGUCCAUUCCGAUCUAUCUAUCUAUCUAUCUAUCUAUCUCAGUCCAUUCCGAUCUAUCUAUCUAUCUAUCUAUCUAUCUAUCUAUCUAUCUAUCUAUCUAUCUAUCUAUCUAUCUAUCUCCUCCACUCUCUAUGUUCUCUGUUCUCUCUCUCUCUCUCUCUCUCUCUCUCUCUCAUUCUCUCUCUGUCUGUCUCUUUCUCUCCUUUAAUCCUUUUUCUUUCCUUGUCUUUCGGUUUUUUACCACUCUUUUAUUUUUCUUGAUCUGUCUUGCUUCUAUUUUCUUUCUUUUUUUUAUCUCCUUUUUUCUUUCUUUCCUUCUUUCCUUUUUUCUUUCUCUCUUUCCUUCUUUCUUUCUUUCUUUUUUUCUUUUUUUCUUUCUUGUUUUCUCUUUCAUUUUUUCCCCUAGACUUUCCUUCUUUCUUUACACAUUCAAAACCAACGUUCCAUUCUUUAUCGCCGUGUAUAUAAUUCUGGCGAUAAGUUUGUCUAUCUAUCUAUAUUAUUGUCUGAUCAUCUAUCUAUCUAUCUAUCUAUCUAUCUAUCUAUCAUUGUCUGCUCAUUUUUUUUUAUCUAUCUAUUAUUGUCUGAUCAUUUUUUUAUCUAUCUAUCUAUCUAUUUUUUUAUCUAUCAUCUAUUAUUGUCUGAUCAUUUUUUUUUAUCUAUCUAUCUAUCUAUCUGCUUAG